AAGUAGCGCAGCAGCGGCGCCGGAAGCGGGAUCUGGAGCCGUCUCCGAUUUCCGGCGUAGCCAUGAGGACGCGGCGCGGUACCGUCCUGCGGCCGCCGCCGGGCCCAGCCGACCGCCACGAUGCUGAAGAGGACGACGAGGAGGAAGUGCCCGGCGGCGAGGUGGGCCCCGAGGGCUUGGGAGACGAGGUGGAGGAUUUUCACGAGGCGCAGUUUCGGGAGGUGAUGGCGGCUCUGGAGAGUGGGGAGGAGGCCGGGGACAGCGAGGAAGAGGAGGAGGAAGAAGUACUGGGGCUGCAGCUGCCGGAAGAGGAUGAAGAUGACGAGGAGGAGGAAGAGAAGGAGGAAGAAGUACUGGGGCUGCAGCUGCCAGAAGAGGAUGAAGAUGACGAGGAGGAGGAAGAGAAGGAGAAGGAGGAAGAGAAGGAGGAGGAGGAAGGUGAACCUGGGGAGGAAGUAGAGGAAGUACGGAGACUUGAGUUUUACGAGGACCGCAGUGCAGAGGAGGAUGGAGGAGAUGUGGAGGAGGAGGAGGAGAAUGAAGAUGAGGAUGAGGACCUGUCCAUGGAGAGCGAUUUGGAAGAGCACAGUAAGGACACUGAUCUCCCCCAUGAGCUGUCCUGGGGCAGACGCAAGCAGCUUUACUACGACACAGACUAUGGGAGCGAUGCCCAGGCUAAGGGCAAACGCAGCCAGCAAGAUGUUGAUGCUGAGGAGGAGGAAGAGGAGCAGGAGGCAAAAGUGAUCCAGAGACGGCUGGUGGAGGACUUGGGGGAAGAUGAUUAUGGGCUGGAUGUGAUCCAGGGCUACCUGGCAGAGCAACGGAAAACCCACGAUAGCAAGGGGCAGAAGAUUGCCAAGGAUUUGCAGGCCCUUUCCAAGAAGGAGCAGCUGAAGCUACUGAAGCAGGAGUCUCCUGAGCUCCUGCAGCUGAUUGAGGACUUUGAAGUCAAACUGAUGGAGCUCAAGGAUGAGCUGCACCCACUGCUGCAAAUGGUCAAAAAUGGCACUAUCCCACAAGGGAAAGGCAGUCGCUAUUUGCAGAUCAAGUAUCAGCUCUACUUGAAUUACUGUGCCAAUAUUAGUUUCUAUUUAGUUUUAAAGUCAAAGAGGAUGCCAGUUCAUAGUCACCCCAUCAUUGAACGAUUGGUUGCUUACAGAAAUAUCAUCAAUGACCUAGCUGUGAUAGAUCAAAAGUUAUCCUCACAGGUUCGCCUGCUUCUGAAAAACUAUUAUGAUAAGAAGGAGGAAAAACUCCGAGAGCGGAAGAAGUUUCCAGUGCUUCUUCAACCAACUGCUAAGAAAACCAAACGAAAACGUGAAGCUGUUCUUGCUAGUGGCCAGCUUGCUGCUGAGGAACUGGCAGAUGAAUCAGACCUUGAUGGAGAGGCUGCGCUAAAAUACUACAGGAUGAUGGAAGAGAAGCUGAAACUCAAGAGGAAGAGAACAGAAGAACAGGAAACACUUGAAGAACCAGUGACAGAAGAGGAUCCGAACCAAAAGAGAGGUGUGACCUAUCAGAUGAUCAAGAACAAAGGCCUCACCCCCAGGAGGAAGAAGAUUGAUCGCAACCCCAGGGUCAAGCAUCGGGAGAAGUUUCGGCGAGCCAAGAUUCGCCGGAAGGGUCAGGUCCGUGAAGUUCGGAGGGAAAUACACAGAUACGGUGGGGAGCUCUCUGGCAUUCGUGCUGGAGUUAAGAAGAGCAGAAAGCUUCAGUGAUGCUUAUUUUUCUCUGAUUCAGAGAGCUGCAAAUGAAAGUUCUGAAUGCAAUAAAAUUUUUGUAAAAGA